AUGUCCACAGCCGACGAGCUCAAGGCUCUGGGCAACAAGGCCAUUGCCGCGAAGAACUUCGACGAGGCCAUUGACAAGUUCACACAGGCUAUCGCCAUCGACCCACAAAACCACAUCCUCUACAGCAACCGCUCGGCUGCUUAUGCUUCGAAGAAGGACUGGGACCACGCCCUCGAGGAUGCCCAGAAGACCACAGAACUGAAGCCAGACUGGCCAAAGGGGUGGGGCCGUAAGGGCACCGCGCUGUAUGGCAAGGGCGACCUUCUUGGUGCCCACGAUGCCUACGAGGAGGGUCUCAAGAUCGAUCCCAACAAUGCUGGCAUGAAGAAUGAUCUUGCUUCGGUCAAGCGUGCAAUGGAGGCAGAGGCGGGACCUGGUUUCGGCGGUGACCCAACUGGCGGUAUUGGGCAGAUGUUCAGCGACCCGAACCUGAUCCAGAAGCUUGCGAGCAACCCAAAGACCAGUGCCUUACUUGCCGACCCGAGCUUUAUGGCCAAGCUGCAGGCUAUCAAGCAGAACCCCAACAACACACAAGAGCUCUUCAGCGACCCCAGGUUUAUCCAAGUGCUGGGCGUCUUGAUGGGUGUUGAUAUGACGAUGGCCGAUCCUGGCUUCCAACCGGGUGCCUCCGGCUCUGCUAAGGAGGCCGAGGAGGAUGUGCCAAUGCCGGAUGCUAAGCCUGCCGAACCAAAGAAGGCCCCUGAGCCGGAGCCGGAGCCGGAGCCUGAAAACGAGGAGGCCCUGGAGAAGAAGAAGGCAAAGGAGGCUGCCGAUAAGGAAAAGCAGCUCGGUACCGAGAACUACAAGAAGCGCAACUUUGACGAGGCUAUCAAGCACUACCAGGCUGCGUGGGAUCUCCAUAAGGACAUCACCUACCUCAACAACCUCGGUGCGGCUUACUUCGAGAAGGGUGACUACCAGGCCUGCAUCGAUACUUGCACCAAGGCUGCUGAAGAAGGUCGUGCUCUCUAUGCCGAUUUCAAGCUCAUUGCCAAGUCGUACGCCCGUGUUGGUACUGCUUAUGAGAAGCUGGGCGAUCUUGCGCAGGCUGUCGACUACUACAACAUGUCUCUUCGUGAGCACCGGACACCAGAUGUGGUCACCAAGGUCCGGAACGCCGAGCGCAACAAGAUUGAGGCUGCGCGCAAGGCGUACAUCGACCCAGAAAAGGCUGAAGAGGCUCGCGUGGAGGGCAACACGAAGUUCAAAGAGUCGGACUGGCCAGGGGCCGUUGCUGCCUACUCAGAGAUGAUCAAGCGUGCGCCGGAUGACCCUCGCGGAUACAGCAACCGCGCGGCUGCCUUCAUCAAGCUGCUCGAGUUCCCCAGUGCUCUUGAUGACUGCGACGCCGCCAUCAAGAAGGACCCCAAGUUCAUCCGCGCCUACAUUCGCAAGGCUCAGGCCUACUAUGGCAUGCGCGAGUACAGCAAGUGUGUUGACGCAUGCACUGAGGCCCAUACCGUGGACAAUGAGCACCACAAGGGUGCCAAUGCUAAGGAGAUUGAGCAGCAGCAGCAAAAGGCGUUCACUGCCAUGUACUCGGCGCGCGAGAAUGAGACUGAGGAGCAGACCAGAGAGCGUCUGGCCCGUGACCCUGAGAUCAUGGGCAUCAUGGCAGACCCAGUCAUGCAAGCUAUCCUACAGCAAGCGCAGUCGGAUCCUGCUGCUCUGAACGAGCACAUGAGAAACCCUACGGUUCGCACCAAGAUCCAGAAGCUGAUGGCCGCCGGUGUUAUUCGCGUGGGUAGGUAA